AUGAGUGAAGCUACCGAACCAAAAUUGCAAAUGCCAGAAGGGCUGCCAGGUAACACCUUAGGCACUUCCUCAAUAGACCAACUCCCUUUCGACGGCAACGAUGAUGACGACAAACAAACUGGAGGUGGAAAACUGCAGAAGGAAAGAAGAAAAAUCGAAAUCAAGUUCAUCCAGGAUAAGACCAGAAGACAUAUAACCUUCUCCAAGAGAAGAGCUGGGAUCAUGAAGAAGGCAUACGAGUUGUCUGUGUUGACCGGAACCCAGGUUUUGUUGUUGGUGGUGUCUGAGACCGGGUUAGUGUACACUUUUACCACUCCCAAGUUGCAACCUUUGGUCACCAAGAGUGAGGGUAAGAACUUGAUCCAGGCGUGUUUGAAUGCUCCCGAGGAAGGAUUGGGUGACGACCAGGACAACCAAAGUGAAGGAAACUCGCCUGAUUCUCCAGAACCUGCUCAGCAGCAGCACCAGCCAUCGGCUCAACCCCAGCAGGUGCCUACUCACCCUCUCCACCACCAGCAAAUCCAGCCCGGUGUUGCUGCCAACCAGUUUCCUCCUGGAGCCCAUUUGACUCCUGGAGCCCAUUUGCCUCCUGCAGCCCAUUUACCUCCUGGAAUGCCAUACCCUCAGUCGCAUCCCCAGAUGCCUAUGCCUCCCCAAGGGUACAACGACCCCAACGUAUACCAACAGUACUUUAACAUGCAAAAUGGUAAUAUUCCUAACCAGCAGCAGUACCAGUAAAUGGGUGUCCGUGAUAUUUAGUUUGCUUAAAAUAUGUUUUACUGUAAUGUAUGUGAGAUCUUAAA